AUGUCUUCAGUUAUUGCAUCAGAUAUCCCAUCAACCACUACCCCAGCUCAAGUGCGUAAGUUCUUUUCGUUUGCAGGUAAAAUUACAAACUUGAUUCCGUUGGGAGAUGAUGGUAAGGUUAAGAAAUACGAAAUAGUUUUUGCUUCACCCAAGGCAGUAUCUACUGCAUUGUUGUUGAACGAUGCCGAACUCGAUAACCAGUUCAUUAGAGUUGAUGAGAUCAAGGAGAUCACCGAUGGUGGUGAAAAGGGCAAAGCACCACAACAAGACGGCACCGGUGAAGAUUUUGACGAUACCAAGGUUACUGGUGACAAACAUUAUGACUCAACAACACAAGAAGAGAAACCAAAGUAUGGUGUCUUUGCUCAAUUGUUGGCAGAUGGCUACUUGCUCAAGGAAGAUUUGAUUAAGAAAGCUACAGAGUUUGACAAACAAUAUGGUGUCAGCGAAGGCUGGGAUAAAUUAAUUGAUGACGUUGACAAGGUUCAACAAGAAGCCAAGAGAUUGGCUGGAUUGAAGAAGUCAGGCAAAGUCAAUUAA